AGCAAAACCACACGGCGCGCGAUACGUCAUUUGUGUACGAACAACCGUGUGGAAAGGAUCGUCGUCGUCGUCGUCUUCGCCGUCGUUGGUCGGUCGGGUGCCGCUGCCAAAUUCACGUCAAGCGUUUCCGAGACCGCUUGCGGUUAUUGUAAACUGACUGUGUUGUUGUUGUUGGAAGUACGUCGCGUGUCCUGUUUGGUUUUAUUUUUUUCUACUCUGUGGCUCGGUGCGGUUGUUGUUGCUCGGGUGGUGGUUUUACCCGAGUGCCACUCCGGAUUCGUUCGUUCGUCGAGUUAAUCGAGUGUGUGUUUAUUAUUCGAGAAGCGGGUUGCUGCGUUUUUGCGUGGACGAAACGCAUCCUUUUUGGGGAAACCUCGGAGAGGCGAAGAGAGACGAAGGGAUAGCAAACGUAACACGUUCGGGUGUGUGUUUGUGUGUGUAGCUGCUGCUGCUGUUGCCGUUGGGUGACGACUUCCUUUGAGGAUUGAUCCUUUUUUUUUUUUCUAUAUAUCUCUCUCAGUGCUAUCUAUCUUCAACGGGGCCCCUAGUUGGGCGCCACCGUGGGUGAAUGUGUCUGUUCGUUCACCGCUUCGCGCCCUGUUAAGCUGGAUUUAUGAAAGAAGAAUAACAUCGGGUCUCGGUUUCGGAUCGGGGAAGAGAGGAUAACACAAAGGGUGGGGGUUCAAAGUGAGUUCAGAGGAAUAUCAUAAAACACGACACGGGCCAACAGCAGAAGUGAUUCCCCCCAGGGUUUUUUUUUCUGCCGACCGUAACAGGAUACCAUCACCCGGUGCGUGGCAGGGAAAGGUGUAGGUGGGUGGAGAAAGUCGAGGUGGUUGGAUUAGAGCAAGAAAGAGAGAACGCGCCCACUCGCCGCCCUGUGAGCUUUUUGCGGUUUUGCUGCUGUAAUUCGGUUGAAGGAAAAAAAAACGUCCUUCAAAUUGGAUUAAUAUCGCUCGUAAUUGAAUUGGCCAAGUGCCAGUCGUUUGUCAGACGACGGUGAAUUUCGUGACCGGGUUGAGUUCGUGUAAGCAACCAUUAGGAGGAGCUUUCCUUGAAGCAAACUACAAUCAGAGGUCCCUUUACGAGAAACAACUCUGAGAUGGGUGGGUGAAAUCCAACCCAUCAAAAAAGAGGCCAUCAACCGUGAAAAGCCGUGAGCGUGAUUGUGACACCCACAAACUGGUCGUGGGGGUAUCAAUGACCAGUCCCAGUGAUUUCCGUCGAGAGUGAGAGUGUUUCCAAUUUUCGUCUUUCCCUCCCUCGGCUCCCAAAUAACCCAGAGAGAAGGUUCAUAAUUCGAUCAUUUAUUAAACAUAAUCACAUUAAAAAACAGUUACUCCCAUCGGAACUUUGCGGCCACAGCUUCUGGAUCAAGUCGGGAGAAGAUCGCUGUGCCACCAAAAGUAACCCUUCACUCAAUGAAUAAAAUAUCGAAAUUACGAUAAUAAAAUAAGCACAUUUUCCGUCGAAUGAAUUAAUCAGUUUAAUUAUGGUGUUCUCCGGCUCCCGAUGAUGAUUCUCCUACAGCGGAGACACCCUCUCUUGGUGUUUGAGGGAUGAUAAAUGAUGAAACGGCGCUUCUAGGCCGAGGAUAUAUGUGGGUGACGGCGGCAUUUCAGUGAUUUUCCGCCUUCCGGCUGCCGAUUUUCGGUACCAGUGAGUUUUCCCUCGGAUCAAGUGGGUGGGUUUGUGUUUGUGUGCUGCUGCUACCCAAUUUCAUCUAUGUAUGUGUGUGUGUGCGCCGUCAAAUUUGUGAUUCAAUUUAUCCGUAAAUUCCUGUGAAACACCCCGGAAAAAAGGUCAAAUUUCGGGGGGGAAUUGUGUUAUUCCUUUUUUGUUACCAAUUGUGAAACGGUUCCAUCCGAAAGAGGAGUUUAUCGAACGGAUUAUUUUCAACAUUCCGGCAGUGGUCCGGAGUGACGGCGGUUCGAAACCGUCAUCAUCAUCGUCAUCAUCAGUGUCCCGAUUGCCGUCGUCAUCAUCGUCAGUCGUUAAUAUGACUGCCAAUUUGAAGGGUCCACCCCCUCAGGGGCGACAGUUCACAAUCGCAGAAACACUCGAACGGAUUAAGGAGGAGUUCAACUUCCUGCAGGCACAGUAUCAUUCGUUGAAACUGGAAUGUGAUAAACUCGCCAGCGAGAAAACUGAAAUGCAGCGACAUUAUGUCAUGUAUUAUGAAAUGUCGUACGGCCUCAAUGUUGAAAUGCACAAACAGACGGAAAUUGCCAAACGUCUAAACGCGCUGAUAGGGCAAUUGUUGCCUUUUUUGGCCACGGAACAUCAGCAACAGGUAGCACAGGCCGUCGAAAGGGCAAAACAGGUCACCAUGCCGGAGCUUAACGCAAUAAUCGGGCAGCAACAUCAACAGCAGGGAAUUCAGCAACUGCUACAACAGAUCCACGCACAGCAGAUUCCCGGUGGACCACCGCAGCCGGGGAUUCCGGGUCUGGGAGCCCUAGCCGGCCCGUUGACCGCCUUUGGAGGCCCCAUGGGUGCUGCCGGCCUCGGAGGACCACAUGGAGUGGGCGUUGGCGUGGGCGGAACGCCUCAAAGUUUGCUGAAAGCACCGCCGGACCUGCACCGGGGCGAGGACAUUAAGGUGCCGCUAGGGGGACCCUCGGCCGAGGAACGAAUGCGCAAUUCUGUCUCGCCAGCGGAUCGUGAAAAGUAUCGACCCCGAUCGCCCCUCGACAUGGACAACGAAGCCAAGCGGCGGAAAGAGGAAAAACUGAACCAUGAUCAGAGCAUCGAUAAAAGUGAGCAGGAUCUGAUAGUGGACGACACAAACGAAACGGGCACACCUUCUCCUCGACCAAAUGGAGAUCAUGCAUCGCUCGAAAGCCGGGAUCGGGACAGCGUGGGUCUUAAUGGAGGCGAUAAGGCCGGCUCCAGCAGUCUCAAAGGUGCAAACGACCGACCUCCCUCGCGAUCUGGAUCCAGUUCCUCACGAUCCACUCCCAGCCUCAAAACUAAAGAUCUCGACAAACCAGGAACUCCUGGAGCCAAGGUGCGAGUACCAACGCCCACCUCUUCGGCUCCGAGUGUCCCCAAAGCUGUAGUACCUCCCACGGCCGCUGGCUACCCGGCCUCUCCAUAUCAACGGCCGUCGGAUCCGUACGCCCGGCCACCUCCGGACCCUUACGGUCGACCUCCGCUGCCAUUCGAUCCUCACGCCGGACUUCGGACCAACGGAAUCCCGCUUCCCGUCUCCAGUGGUAAACCUGCCUAUUCGUUUCACAUGAACGGCGAGGGUGGACCGCAGCCGGUUCCCUUUCCGGCGGACGCACUAACCGGACCAGGAAUCCCGCGACAUGCGCGGCAAAUCAACACCCUUUCACAUGGAGAGGUGGUGUGUGCGGUAACGAUCUCCAACCCUACCAAAUACGUCUACACCGGGGGCAAGGGCUGCGUCAAGGUGUGGGACAUCUCCCAGCCCGGCAGCAAGAGCCCCGUCAGUCAGCUGGAUUGUUUGCAACGUGAAAACUACAUCCGCUCCGUGAAACUGCUUCCGGAUGGUCGCACCCUGAUCGUUGGCGGAGAAGCAUCGAACCUCUCGAUCUGGGACCUGGCGAGUCCGACCCCGAGAAUCAAGGCUGAACUAACGUCGGCAGCUCCGGCUUGCUACGCCCUGGCCAUCAGCCCGGACUCGAAGGUGUGCUUCUCGUGCUGCAGCGAUGGCAACAUUGCCGUGUGGGAUUUGCACAACCACACCCUGGUGCGGCAAUUCCAGGGCCACACCGAUGGAGCCUCCUGCAUCGACAUCAGUCCGGAUGGAACCCGGCUUUGGACCGGAGGACUCGACAACACCGUCCGAUCCUGGGACCUCCGGGAGGGACGCCAGCUGCAGCAACAUGACUUCAGUUCCCAGAUCUUCUCGCUGGGGUACUGUCCGACGGGUGAGUUGCCGACUCUUAGAAAUUUGGACUCUAAUUUAUUCUGGAUUUUUUUUUCUCAAGGUGAAUGGUUGGCUGUGGGAAUGGAGAAUUCGCACGUCGAGGUGCUACACGCGACCAAACAGGACAAAUACCAGCUGCACUUGCACGAAAGCUGUGUCCUAUCGUUGAGGUUUGCCACCUGUGGCAAGUGGUUUGUCUCCACCGGAAAGGAUAAUCUGCUGAAUGCCUGGCGCACACCCUACGGCGCUAGUAUAUUCCAGUCCAAGGAAACUUCGUCUGUACUUAGUUGUGAUAUUUCAACCGAUGAUAAGUACAUCGUAACCGGUUCCGGGGACAAGAAAGCCACCGUCUAUGAAGUUAUGUACUAAACUUAUCCCGGCGUACGGAAAGAGGCACCCAUGAAUGGGCAAAAGAGUCAACAGAGCACCAGUAUUUCUACCAUUUAUCCAGUUUGUCGGUUUGCCUUUGAACCGGAAAGCAGGAAUUUCGUGCAAACCCUCCAAAUGUUAUCGUCGAUGGAAGCAAACUGUCGGGCAGCUUUGAGAGAUAUGCAGGAAUCAUUUAGAACGUAAACUGGUAAAAUAACAGUUCGGUUUGAGCAAACAAACAGCAGUCGUUUCAAAUGUGAAGAGAAAAAAAAACAAAAUCAAAGAAUUAAUCGUAGGAAAGUAGCCAAUAAUUGAAAAAAAAGCGGAAACAAGAAAACCACAAAAAAUUAGCAAACACAAGUGAGACGGAAAGUCAAAGAGAAAACACGUAUGUCAGCGAAAGCAAACAAAACUAAGUUCAGUUUAAUUUAACUUAUCUUAUUGACAGUCCCCAGUAGUAAUUGUAUCGUAAACUAAUUUCAGAGCAUUGUACAGUAUUUGAGAAACUCGUAAUGUUAACUAUGGAUAAGUAAAAGCCCAAAAAAAAAAACCAACUAAGUGUAUGAAAGCAGAAGAUGAACGAAGAACAAUGUAAAAAAAGUGAGCGUAAAACAAAUGUGUAAAAAAUUUAACCGAUUGAUGAGAUCUUUCGAGGUUUCAGACAUCCGUAAAAAGGUUUGUUCUUCUUUGAUUGCAAGUGAAAUAGGUGUAACCGUUGAGGAAAAAGAAAGAGAGAAGAAAAAAUUAACUGAAAAAAUAAUUUAUCACUUUUCCUACGUCAAACAAAUCAUUGAAUAUUUGGUUGCAGAAAAGAGGAAAUGAAAAAGAAAAACAAAGUCUAAGAAAAACAAAAAGAAAACAUGUCCUUUAUUAUCAGUAAUCAAAUGUAUCACACAAAUGAGACAAACGAAGAAAACAACAUCAACAAACAGUAAAUUUGCUAAAUUUUGCCCUCUUACAUAACGGCUUGCUUGAAUGAUUGAAGACAAAAAAUAUGGAGACAAAAUUUGUCUGGGUAACUAAGAUUCCAUCGUAAUUUGAAAUCUAAAAAAAAAAAUGAUAAGACACUUACUGCAAACAAAACAAAAUCGAAACAAACAAUUACCAGUAAGAUAGCAAAGAAAACCUACACAAACCGUUUGGAACAACAACUACAACAGCAGCAUCACAGAAAAGUUCAAUAUAAAUUAUAAUAAAAUCAUAUUUUUAGACAUGAGAAAAUUAAAAAUAA